AUGGCACAUACCAGUGGCAACACUAUGAUGAAAUGGCUGGUAGCAGCACUGGUAAUUGCCUUCUUGGGUGGUGAAGUAGCUCAAGCUGUUGUGAUAUGUAACAUAAACACCGACAACCUAGGCGUAUGCCGUGCAGCAGUUACCGGCAACCGCCCACCACCACCGAACAAGCAAUGUUGCGCCCUUGUCCGAGGUGCCAAUAUCCCUUGCCUUUGCACCUACAAGUCAGCCCUACCUGCACUUGGAAUAAACCCUGCAAAUGCUUUGGCCUUGCCCGGUAAAUGUGGUAUGAAGAAACCUCCAUGUUAA